GACACAUCUCCUCUCAACCAUGAGGAGAUCAAUAGGAUUUAACAUCUGUGUGGUCACCUGCAGCAUCCUGCUCUUGUCCCCCAGCCUGCCCUGCCUUGCAGCUCAGCCCCUGGAGGAGGAGGAUGUGACAAAGGUCCAGCUCAGCYCCUGGGCAGGGAACGGGCUGGAAGAUGAAAGGACAGGCACGCUGGACUUGAAAAACACUGUGGGCCCUUCAGAGCAGGCAGUGUCUGAAGAGCCAUGUGGAGUGUCAGCAGAGCCAUCUGGGACCCCCUUAGAUGGAGCUUUCACAGCAGGAGGAGCAGCACUCGCUGUCACCCCGAGCMGUGUCACCCCCAGCAGCCACAGCCUGAGGGAUCUCCCCUCUGCUGGGCACCAGAAGGAGCUGGCUCCCACAAAGCCAGAGCUGGAUGAGGAUGAAGCACUCAAGGCCAUGCUGACCACWGCUGUGACCACUCUGAGCCCUCCAGGCCAGGAGGAGUCUGGUGGCCCUGUUGGUGAGGCCACCACGGAGGGUGAUGUGACAAUAGAGCCCAGCUUUGCCGGCCCCUCAGCAAAACCCCUUUCUGGGACCCCUGAGGAGGGGGCAGAGAGCAGCUCCCACCCCUCAGCCACCUCCCAGCCCACCCUGAACCCCAGUUCUCCUGGCUGGGAAGCAGCGAGUGACCUCCCUGUCAUCCCAACUCCCCGGGCUCCGGGUGCGACAUCUGAGCUGGGAAUGCUGAGAGCCCGCACAGGGAGCCCUCUGAAAUCCCUGGCUCCUCCAACUUCCAUGGCUUCCAAACAUCCCCCUGUGCUGACUGAGGCCUCUCUUCACCCCGAAACAGGGACAGGUGGCACACAAGAGCAGCUGCCCACGACGGCUGGCAUUGUCACCAUCCCCUCUGUGGACACCGUGCCACCUGACUGGGAUGACACAAAGCUGGGGGAUAUCAGUCAAGGGGGAAGCACGUCUCGUGAGGARGUGACAGAGAACCUGGGGACAGCAGAGCCAUCCCAGGCACCCCAGGAAGGUGUGGGGGAGGAAGAGGAUGCCACAAGAGCGGUGCCAUCCCCAGUGUCCCCUCCAUCAGCACCUGAGCUCGCCGAGGAGACCAACUGCACUGUGCCAGUGCCAGGGGAGGAGCUGAACCCAACUUCCACAGGCAGCAGCGAUGCUUUCCACCCUGGAAACCUGUCGGAUGCAGACACAGCUGAUCUCAGCUCCCUGGAAAACACAAGUGCAGUCCCAGCAGAGGAGGAGAAAAGCAUCCCUUUGUCACAGUCGGAGGCUGCUGUGGUGACAGAGACCCAGCCUGAGCUGUCUCCUACUCUGGAGARUUCAUGGAAAGGUGCCACUCAGGAGGUGACAACAGCCACCCAGGAGGAUGAUACUGCUCUGUCAGUGGUGACAGAGGUGCCUGGUGCCACCCAGGGAACAGGGAAAGAGGGAUUUCCUCAGGAGAACAGCGGUGAGGACACCCAAAUGCUGACGGCUCCGAGUGCCACCGAGGUGCUGGUGGCAGCUGCUGCCUCCUCCACKGUGACCCCUGUGGAUGCAGAAGAUCUCACAGAUGGAAUCCUGGUCACCAGUGAGAAAGCUGUUCCAGCCCCUGCUGGGAUGUCCUCUACCCCCUCUGGACAGSCAGAGGAGCCAUCCAGCAGAACCCUGCUCCUGGUGACUCCAGCAUCAGUGGCCUCUGCCAGGAGAACAGCUCUUCCCUCGGUCAGGAGGAUCAGCACAGCCGUGACCUACGGGCUGGACCGCCUGGAGUCAGAAGAGGGUGAGGAAGAGGAAGAGGAUGAAGAGGAGGAGGAGGAGGAAGAAGAGGAGGAAGAGGAAGACGAGGAGGACAAAGACAUAGACCUGAUGGAUGAAAGCAUGGAGGGUGACACGGAGCUGCCAGGCUUCACAAUUCCAGGAGAAACCUCCCAGGAGCCCAUGGCUGGCCUGGAGAACCCUGUGGCUCAGCUGGCUGGSGUGUCCUACCAGGUUCCUGACACCAUCGAGUGGGAGCAGCAGAACCAGGGGCUGGGCUGCACAGGAGCUGUGUGA